AAACACAAUACAUCAACGAAGAAGAACCCAAUAUCAAAAUGGUGGACGUGGUUGAUGCUAAUUCUGCUUAAUAACAAUAUACUUGGCGGGGUUAAACAUUGUAAAGUCUUUUGCAUAAUAUUUUCUAGUCGUAACGCGAAACCAAGACGACCCUAAACUUGUUCUGUUUCUAUUAGCAAGCUAAUUAGCAGUAGGAGUCGGCUAGUGGAGCUAGUGAACAGCUGCCAAACAAAAGAGACCGUCAAACUACUUCAACAUCUGUGCGACUGUAACAUCAUCACUUUGAAGCGGAUAACCAGUGCACAACAGGCUUCUGCUGGAGCUCAAACCUGAACUCUGGAUGGCAUGUGUGUGUUGCAGAGGUCAUGGAGGUGGAUGAGAUGGAGAUAAGACUUUCCGAGGUCAAAGGUGAAUUAAAGGAUGACGGACAUAUGUUAUAUUCCACAGGCAAGUCUUCUUCCUCCUCAAAUGAAACUCUGAGCAGGAAGAGACAACGGGAGGACUGUUCUGACUCUCUUGGUGAUGUGAAAAAAGCAGUGGUGGUCUUGACUAGACUCCCGGACUAUAAGAUCAGCGCUCUGCGACCACCGACGCCUCCACAGUUCUACAGUGAAGACGAAUCCCUCAGCAGCUCUGAAUCCGAUUUGCAGUGGGAACCAGGAAACGAUUCAAGUGGCUCUGAUAAGUCAAAGUCGAAGAAAACACAAACAAAUGGACAACGCCCAAAGAGUUCAACAAGUGGAGCAUCUGCAUCUGUACCACAACCAUCCCCUAUAAUCAUAUCAACAGCUUUUGGCAUUUCCCCCGAUGAAACCAGAAACGUCCGACCCGACCUGCCAGACGAUGAGAUCACUGUGGACAUGAUGGUCCUGGCCAGGAAGAGACACAUGCGAUGGCAGCGGGGAAAAAUAGUGGAGAUAAUAACAAAGGAUGUUUUAUUUUCAGAAGAUGGACACGUAAAGUACAAAGUACAAUUUGAAGAAAAGGGGAAGAGCCUCGUAUCUGGCCAUCACAUCGCCUUUGACGCCAUACCGAAGCGGGAGCAGCUUUAUGUCGGUGCUCGUGUGGUGGUCAAUUGUCAAGACAACGCGUCCCACUUUCAGACUGGUAUCAUGGUGGAGCUGCCCAGCAGAAGGAACCGUUUAAGGUUCUUGGUCUUCACUGAUGAUCACGUGCCCAUCUAUGUUGGUUUACCUUUACUUCACCUCGUAUGCAGACCACUGGAAGACCCUUUAGAUGACCUUAGAGACGGCCCACACAAGACCUUUAUGACUCGGUACUUGAAGGACUGGCCGCGUCCACAUUUAACCGUGUACAAGGCUGGACAGAGCAUUAGUGUUGACUUGAAUGGAGUCGAGCAGAGGUGUGAGGUGCAGGAGAUCGACUCGAGCUUAAUGCAGGUUGUUUUUAAGGAAAACCAAGAAAAGGAGUGGAUCCAUCGAGGCUCCACGCGACUUGAACACAUGAGACGAAUAUUUAGUGUAAGAGAAUCGGAGGAGGAGCAGCAAAGGGAUAGUUCUGACUGAAAGCCCACUGACAUUUUUUCAGAAUAUUCUUUAGGGAUGUGAUUCUUCUGGAUUUAUAUGGAAUUAUCAUUUUUCUGACCAGACUUAAUUUGUCCAUGACGGUGUUUUACAACCAUAAGCUGUCUCUGAAAGUGUCGCCCAGGUGUAUUUCUGGCAGCCUUGUAGAUACUUUUUCCACCAUUUUUACUUUUUUAAUCUGCAUAGAAUCAGCAUCUAAGAAAGACAAACUGCACACGCACUCCGCUCAAGCCCAUGUUUGUUAGAGGCAUCUAUAUACUAUACUGCAGGUGAUCAGAGAGAGACAGAGAGAGAGAGCUGUUGGAAAAUCUCUUCUUAAAUUCAAUUCAUUGCUUUGAUGCUGUUUAUAUUGUUUGUGCAGCUCAAUGCUGCCAUGUUACUCUGAACUCUCUGAACAGCUGUGAUAACGGAAUCACAGGUGAAACUGUUAACUUGAAAGGGAGAUGUGUUGUUUGGGUAAAAUCUUCCAUUAUUUAACAGUAUAACCAGGAUGGUGUCAUUUAUUUCUGUGCAUGCUACUCAAAGCAGCUCUCUGUUUCUCUCUCUCUCUCUCUCACACACACAAACACAAACACACAGAGACGCACACACAGUUCAGGCAGGUACAUGUUGGUUAUUAUGGUUGAAGGUACUCUGUCUGCCAUGAAGACGUUGUCCCAGACCCCUAUUCUAAGAGAAAUAAAGAUUCCAGGACAUGAAAGUAAAGGUCACUUCUCCACUUCAUGACAUUGUGUCAUAAAAACACACUUAAAUGUUUGUCAUCUUUUAAGUGCAUGACCAAACUAAACUAACUCUUUUAAUACCGUACAAAACUUAAUAUUACUACUUGUAUAAAACUAUAGCUUUAGAAAAUCUGCAAGGCUGAAAUAUUGCAGAAACAGGAAAAAGACUAAAUUGAUCAGAAUGCCGGGAAAGAAAUGUCUGGUUCUGAAAAUGUUCCAGGCGAGACCACUAGAGUGCAACAUCUCAUCUAUUUUCGUUAUGUUUGCCCCAACUCUUGAUAUUAAUGCUAGGCACAUUUAGUGGCAGGCCUAAGUCAGAAUGUGGAGCAUUUUUCAAACCACAAAAUGCAGAUUCUUCUAUAAAUGUGCUUUGAGAUGAGAAUAAACUCCACAUAAUAAAAAUGCUCUGAUGGUUUAGUUAUUGAUAUAUAUUUGUUAGUGUGCUGUAUCUCUUUAAAAGCUUUGAAAAGGAUUCUGUUUGUUGUUAUAUUGUAAAAAAUACAAGGGGGGGGGAAGUUUUUCGUUUUACAAAGGCCUCAUUUUAAAGCUCCUGUGUGAACUUUAACUUGAUAUGAAACAGGCUUAAAUGUAUACUGAUGCAUGUGACAAAAGCUAUCAAAACCAUAAUUGAUAAGACUGAUUAUUUAUCUGUAAUGAUUCAUUUUGACUGCAUUUGUGUAAGCAAGUACCCUUUAGUAUACAGAAAGCUUUAAUAUUUUUUAUAUUGUUUCGCAUCAUAAAUAUAUAUAUUUUUAA